AUGGACUCCAUCCAGGACCGCAUCUCCCUCCUGCUGGACUGGGCCGCCUCCCACCACGCCGCGCUGCAUCCCUCCGCCGAAGUCUACGACGACCCCGAGACGGGCCUCUCGUUCCGCGUCAAACCCUCAGCCUCGCCCAUCCCGCCCUACGAGCCCAUCGUCAGCCUGCCGACGAAUCUCUCCCUCUCCUACGCAAACGCCCUGCAGCCAACGCCCGCCUUUCCCCGGGACUUUCUCUCCAAGACGAAGCCCCAUGUGAUUGGCCGCCUGUUCCUCAUCAAGGAGCUGCUCAGGGGCGAGGAGUCCUUCUGGUGGCCCUAUAUCCAGGCGCUGCCGCAGCCCGAGGACGUCGACGACUGGGCGCUGCCGCCGUUUUGGCCCGAGGAGGAGGCCGAGCUGCUCGAGGGCACGAAUGUCGAGAUUGGGCUGGACAAGAUCCGCGCCGAUCUGAAGAGGGAGUUUCGCGAUGCAAAGGCGCUGCUGCUUGCGUCGCAGAAGGAUGCCGAGGAUGAUUUCAGCGAGCUGCUGACGAGGGAGCUGUACAACUGGGCGUACUGCAUCUUCUCGAGCCGCUCGUUUAGGGCGUCGCUGGUCAUGUCGGAGGCGCAGCAGCAGGCAUUGCCGGAGGAUGUAUCGGUUGAUGACUUUUCAGUGCUGCUGCCGCUGUUUGACAUUGGGAACCACGACAUGACGGUGGAUGUGAAGUGGGAGCUCGACGCUGCAAACGCAACAAAUUCAGGGGCUGCGUGUCAGCUCAAGGUUGGGAGGGAGCACAGGCCCGGGCAGCAAAUCUUCAACAACUACAGCCCCAAGACGAAUGCCGAGCUGCUCCUGGGCUACGGCUUCAUGCUGCCCGUCACGGACGAGCUGCACAACGACUAUAUCCACGUGCGGAAACGCACCGCCCCUUCAGCUCCUCUGCCGUCCAGCCCUCAAUCCGGCAGCAGCGUGCCCGAGGAGUAUCUCAUCUCUCUCCGGCCCGUGACUGAUCCAUCCUCCUUGCUCGCCACGUCCAAACAGGCUCUCCUCAUCAACCCCCCAGCGCUUGGCCUCCUCGGGGCAUUCAAGCACGUGCAGCACGACAUGGUGUGGGACAUCCUCAUGACGCUCCUGCAGCACUCGUCCAUACCGCUCAUCAAGCUCAUUCCCCUAAACUCCAACACAUUCCCCUCGGAGGAAGAAGCAGUGCGACAGCGUCAAGAGCGAUUCUUCUCCGGACACGUCAACGACGAGUGCCAGGAGUAUCUGGAGCAGACGGUGGCCAUUAUCCAGCACAAGGUGCUGCAGGAGCUGGAGCGGCUCAACGAGACGGACAUGGAGGUUGUGGGCGACGACGUGGAGCUGCUGUCGCCGAAUCAGCGGCUGGCGCUCGAGUACAGGGAACGGUGCAGACGGGUGUUGGAGAAUACGCUGGGGACGAUGGGGGAGGAUGAGAUGAUGCAAUAUGACGAAUGA